AUGGUAAACCAGCACCCAAAAACCAACUCCUUUCGCGCCCACGCCGCCUCCGCCGCCGCCUCCAUCUACAACACCGCAAACUCGGUCUACGACAACACCGCCUACUCCACCGCCUCCGAUGACACCGAGAGCCUACUCCCCGGCCCGACUCACGAAGCACUGGUCCCGGUCCCGGUCCGGGUCCGGUCCGACCGGCUCUUCUUCGAACCGGGCGCCACGACCCGGUCCAUUGUGCACGCACGUCGCAACAACCAUAACAACAACGAUGACGACGACAACGACGAUGUAGACAAUAGCAUGGAGAAGAGAGAGGAGGAGGAGGAGGGGGAAGUCAACGCUGACUCGGCGGGCUCGCCGUUCGAGGAGAGCGUGGCGUUGACCGUGGAGUCAACGGACCCGUAUAGAGAUUUCCGUGCGUCCAUGGAGGAGAUGGUGGUGGCGCAUGCGGUCAGCGACUGGGAGGGGCUCGAGGAACUGCUCACGUGGUAUUUAAAUGCGAACGGUCAAAAAACGCACGCAUUCAUCGUGGGGGCCUUCGUGGAUCUCCUCGUGAGCUUAGUCUCCGCUUCUGCUUCUGCUUCUGCUAUUUCGGGUUCGGAUUUAGAUUCGGAUUCACCGUUAUCAACGAUCUCGUUUGAUCACGAGGUUGAGAAGGAGAAUAACGUGGUUGGUUGUCGCGAAUAA